AUUGACCCGGAGUUGUGAUGUCCAAAGCCUUCCUCACUGACUGACAAACGGCGUCGUACCAUUUUGGAAUCGAGUUGAAGGCUGUGAGGACGGGGGGAAGAUGAGACCUCCCAGCCCUCUGCUGAUCCUGCUGUACAUCACGCUGUCCAGGAGUGUAAAGGUGGUCUCUAAGAGAGGCUCAGUGGACGGCUGUACAGAUUGGUCAGUGGACCUCCUUAAGUACCGGGUGCUGCAGGGUGAGCCUGUGCGUCUGAAGUGUGCUCUGUUCUAUGGUUACAUCCGGGCCAACUACAGCCAGGCACAGAGUGUGGGCCUCAGCCUCAUGUGGUACCGCAGCUCUGGCCUGGGACACAGCGACUUUGAGGAGCCAAUCUCUUUCGACGGCAUACGUAUGAGCAAGGAGGAAGACGCCAUCUGGUUCAGACCUGCUGACGUCCAGGAUGCUGGCCUCUACUCCUGCGUGCUAAGGAACUCCACAUACUGCAUGAAGGUGUCCAUGUCUCUGACUGUGGCUGACAACGACACAAACCUGUGCUACAACUCCAACAUGAGGAAAUAUGAGAAGGCCGAGCUCAGCAAGAGUAAAGACAUCCUUUGUCCUGACAUAGACGACUAUGUUGAGCCAGGAAAAGAGCCUGACAUCACUUGGUACAAGGAGUGCCGUCCAAAGCAAUGGCGUUCCAGCAUCAUCCUGAAGAGGGACACUCUGUCAAUCCAGGAAGUCAAAGAAGAUGACAUUGGGAAUUACACAUGUGAAGUCCAGUAUGGUGGCUUUGUGGUCAGAAGGACGACUGAACUCACAGUAACUGCUCCUUUGACCGACAAGCCGCCAAAGAUCCUGUUUCCCUCAGAAAACAAGAUUAGCAACAUGGAGCUGCAGCUAGGAAGCGCUUUGAACCUGACUUGCCGGGCAUUUUUCGGCUACAGCGGUGAUGUCAGCCCGCUCAUCUACUGGAUGAAGGGAGAGAAGUUCAUUGAGGACUUGGAUGAGGAGAGGGUCCAGGAGAGCGACAUCAAGCUUGUGAAGGAGCAUCUUGGUGAACAAGAAGUCGCCAUAUCCUUGACAAUCGACUCUCUAGAGGAGGAGGACCUUGGGAAUUAUUCCUGUUAUGUGGAGAAUGGAAAUGGCCGUCGCCAAGCUACUAUCCAGCUCCUCAGGCGGGCAGAGCUCAUGUACACUGUGGAGUUGGCAGGAGGGCUGGGAGCGAUACUGCUGCUACUCAUCUUCCUCAUCUCCCUCUACAAGUGCUACAAGAUCGAGCUGAUGCUGUUCUAUAGGAGGCACUUUGGCAGCGAGGACGUGGAUGGAGAAAACAAAGACUAUGACGCGUACCUUUCCUACACCAAAGUGGACCCUGACCAGUGGAGUCAGGAAACCAGAGAGGAGGAGCGCUUUGCACUGGAAAUCCUGCCUGAUGUCCUGGAAAAACAUUACGGCUACAAACUCUUCAUCCCAGAUCGAGACCUCAUUCCAACAGGAAGUCUCACCAAUGAGCAUUACCAGGAUGACACGCGACUCUUUGGAGCCUACAUCGAGGACGUUGCUCGCUGUGUGGACCAGAGCAAACGCCUCAUUAUCGUCAUGACACCCAACUACGUGGUGCGGCGAGGCUGGAGCAUCUUUGAACUGGAGACUCGGCUGCGAAACAUGCUGGUGACCGGUGAGAUCAAAGUCAUCCUCAUCGAGUGCGCCGAGUUGCGCGGCAUCAUGAACUACCAAGAGGUGGAGGCCCUUAAGCAUACCAUUAAAACCCUCACCGUCAUCAAGUGGCGCGGCCCCAAGAGCAACAAGCUCAGCUCCAAGUUCUGGAAGCAGCUGCAGUACGAGAUGCCGUUCAGGCGCACAGAGCCCAUGCUCACCCACGAGCCGGCGCUGGACGUCAGCGAGCAGGGCCCAUUUGGAGAGCUGCAGACCGUCUCCGCAAUCUCCAUGGCAGCGGCCACCUCCACCGCCAUGGCUACGGCCCACCCCGAACUUCGCUCCUCCUUCCACAACACCUACCACACCACCAUGAGGCAGAAACACUACUACCGCAGCUACGAGUAUGACUUACCCCCCGGAGGUACCCUGCCACCUCUGUCCUCUCUGGGGAACCAGCACACCUACUGCAACAUCCCGCUCACGCUCCUGAACGGGCAGAGGCCGCCCGGGAAGAGCCGGGAGCACAGCCUGGAGGAGGCGCACGCCAACAACGCCAUGCUCCCUCUGCUGCCCAGAGAAACCAGCAUCUCCAGCGUCAUCUGGUAGUGAUGGACACACUCAGCACCAGAGCGGGAAGUAAAGCCAGGCUCAGACGCGGCUAGGCUCAGUCCAGAGGCUCUAAAGUUUAUGGGCGAGGUUACGGAAGAAAGUGUAACCCAUCGAUUUGGUUCCAACCGACGUCAAGAGGCAGCGAGGACAAAGUUUCCCUUGUUUUUUCAAGUGGACAAAAUCUGUUACAGGGGAUGUUUUCUAUACGGAACUACAGGAGAUAAAAUGUAAACACUGUUUCCUCAACUAGCGAGACACGGACUCGCAGGAACCUUUACUACACACUAUGGAAAUGUGCAAACAAAUGCAUACACAAAAACAGAUGUGCAUACAUACAUACAAAAGGAAAACAGGGUCUUGUACAUAUAUUUCAAUUUCUUUGUAGCAUCAGUGUUUUCCUGUUUUUGUUCUUUUGUUUUCUUCAAUCAUGUUCGUUGCCUUCUCUUCUGUAGGAUUUUGCUUUAACUUGUUCUAAAGAGUUGUAUAUUUUUUCUCUUUUUAGUUUUUUUAUUCUUAUUUUCACGAGCUUGUUCGGAAAGCCGAUACAUCACGUUCCUGCGCUGUUUUUUGUUCGUAUGUUUUUAAUCUUUGUGUAGUUUAAGAGAACAUUUUUUAACACUUUUUGGAACCGCCUGGACAUUUCAGGAGCUUCAAGGAGCUGAAACUUCUUUUGGUUUACCUGUAAAAGGUGUAUCUAGUUUAAAAAGGAAACUCUCUUUUAAAAAAUCAUAGAAUAUGCAAAAAGAAGGAGGAGCUGGCAAAAACAACCUGUCAUAUCGGACCGAGGAGGAGGAGGAGGAGGAGGCCCACGCUUGUCCUCUCCAAUCAGAUGGAGCGAUAGACUGGCAGAUUUCUCUCUAAAGCUUCAUAUUUUCUAUUGAAACAAACAGCCUUGCUGUUUUAGAGUGAUAGUGAAAUGCCUCACCUUAAAAAGAAAUCUGUAGAUUAUUUUAAAAAGAAUUCUAUUUUUAUAACAGAAAAAGAGUUUGCUUGAGACGUCAUACUUAUUUGCAUUUCAUCCACCAUAGGACGGGGAUUUGUGUAUAAGUGUUAUGCUGGUUUUGUACACUUGCAAUGUGGUUCCUGGUUUGUUCAGAGAUUAAGGUGGCUUUUGAAUCCCACAUGAAAAAAUAUGUCCUCUACUGUUUGAGAUUCAAAAGUGAAGCAUUCUCAGUGUUUUGGUUUUUUAAAACAUAAUAUUAUUCCCAUCCUUUGGUUCAUAUGGAUAGUUCAUGUUAAGGAAAGAAAAGAAUACAUUUGUGUUUUGAAAGACUUUUUAAAUAUAUUUGAAGGUGUGAUUUUUGAGUAUGCAUAGCAAAUAGAUAUGUAUUCUAUAUAUAAUAUAGAUAUUUAUAUAAAUAUAUAAACACGAUUUUCACUUGGAAAGAAAUGUCUAUCUUUAUAGAAACACAAUCAUUAUCA